UAAAAUUGUAUGUAUAUAGGUAUCGUAGAUGUACCUGUUGUAGUACGAAACUAGUAUGUUCACGUUUGAAAAGUUUUUACAAUACGCUUUUGCUUGAUUGGUAUAAUGAUGAGUUGAAUGUGUUUCUGAAUUUGGCUUUGCAAAGUUGAAUUGAAAAUUUUAACAGUGAACGAACACUGGUAUUGGUAAAAGUAGGACUGUUGUUGGACCCGUUGGAGAUACUGCUACCCGUACAACAUUUACUAUAGUACAUAUACGAAACGGUUCCAUUCUAAUGCAGAAAUGUAGACCCUAACGAUGUUACUAUAUUUUUUACAAAGCUUUGGAAAAUUACUAAAAGACGUGUGGGGUGAAUCAAGAUGGAGAAAAGUAUUUUGUCUCAGGCUUAUUGACACAUGAACCAAAAGAUUGCUUGUAGUAUUUACUCAUAUUUUAAAUGUAUGAGAAGAUUUAAAGUUAGAGAGAAAGUACUUCAUGACUGAAAAAUAUAGAUCAUUUCCUAAUGACAUAGAAAGUAUUACAAAGAAUAGUUUUUUGAAUAGCAGAAAUGAACCAUGCAACAGAAAAAAGCUUAGUUAAGAUGAAUGGUUCAGAAAGUGCAGAUGUACAAAUAGCUGUAGAAAGGAUAGUUGAAAACAAUGUUUGCCUCAAAAGUGCAGAAACAGAUGUGCAUGGAACGUCUUCUGAUCAUUCAUUCGAAACAUCUGGUACUCGCAUGUCUGCAACAUCUGAAAGCACAUGUGCAAACCAGGAUUGUAGUACGUUAUUUAGAGAUUCUUCAGAACAUCUGUUAAAUAUUUCUAGUAGCAAAGGGAGUAAUGUAUAAAAACUGACAGUAGUGGUAUACUGUGUAGUGAACAAUCUAAAAUUGAGAUUUACUGUUCAGUUACUACAAACGAUGAACUCUCUCAGGUUGGAUUGAAACAUAAUGAAAGACUAAAAGGUGAGGAAGAAUACAACGCCAUCUGUAUGAAAUUCCCACAAACUGAAAAACAAAAAGAUGACUGUAUUCAAGCUAGGCCAAUAGAGAAUGUAAAACAAGAAGAUGACUGUAUUCAAGCUAGGCCAAUAGAGAAUGUAAAACAAAAAGAUGACUGUAUUCAAGCUAGGCCAAUAGAGAAUGUAAAACAAGAAGAUGACUGUAUUCAAGCUAGGCCAAUAGAGAAUGUAAAACAAGAAGAGGAAAAAGAAAAAUGCUUCGAUGAGACAACAUUCCUACAAAAAGAAACAUUAAAAACUAAAGAAAAACUUAUUUCUGUUCAAGAUGAAUCAACAGAAAGUGUAGGAUUGGAAGGAGAAAAAAACUACCUCCCAAAUGAAGUUCAAACCCCUGAAAAUGAAAGUCAAGAAAGUGAAAAAAAUAAAGUACUGGAGAGCAAAGUGCAAGAUGUGGAAGAAAAACCUAAUCAAAUGAUAUCACUAUCAAAUGAAAAACAAGAAUGUUUGGGUGAAUGUGAUUACAAUCAGAUAAGAUUACCAGUAAAGGGAGAUACAGAAGAACAGGUCAGCCCAACAGAGAAUACUAUAGAAGAAUGUAGCACAUUUCAGUCAAGUCCACAACAGAAUGAAGGAACAGAAAGUGUAGAAGAAAAUGGUAAAAUUCAAGUUUGCUCAACAUCUAAUAAAAACGAUGACGAUGUAAAAGAUCGUAAUAUAUUUGAAAAGCAAGAAGGCAUUGAACAACUCAAUAGUUUUCACACUGAAUUGGUACCAAAAAAUGAAAAGGAGGACAGAGAAGAAAAUGAUGAUAGAUUUACUUCUUCAUCUAAUAGUAAUUUGUGCAAGCUUUCAAUAUGUACCACUUCCACGACUCAAAGAAUUCAGAAACCUGGUGUAGAUUGUGAAUUGGAGGUGCAAAAUAACUCAAGUGAAGUUACCGACUUGACAAGGAUGAAUGCUCAUGUACAGGCUAUGGAUAACAUUACAAGCAGCUUUACUCAUCAAAAUUCUGUUGUGCCAUGCAUCAAAACAGAAGGAGAAAUUUCUUCCACCCCUUCAGAGUAUAGUCCAGAUAGUGGAGAUGAAAGUGACAAUCUAUUAUCAGAACUUGAGACUGAACUUGAUUAUGUAAGUGCCAAAAGUGUUCAGCAUCAAGUGGCUUACAGUGAUGGACCACAAUCUUCUGUUUAUCAUCUCAAUGAUGUAAAGAGAAACUACAGUAAUCAUUACAAUGAAAGGUUCCAGAAAUCUCGGGUCAAUGAAAACCAUGCUACACUGCAGUAUUAUGAAGUUCAAGUGGAGUUUCUCGAACGUACUAACAGUCAGCUACAACUAGAACUUGCAGACCUCAGAAAAAAGUUAACAUGUCAGGAGGUAGACCUUAAGAAAAAUAUAGAAAAACUUAAAAUUGACUUAGGGAGCAAGGUGGACAAGUUGACCAAACAACUAGAAGUUGCCCAAAAGGACAAAGAAAAUAUGGUAGUACGAUAUGCACAGAGUGAAAGAGAAGUGCUAGUAGCUAAGAAAACUCGGGAUGACUUGGAGAAAAAACUGCGAGAAAUAGGAAGGGAAAAGGAAAAUCUUCAGAACAGAAUCAAGGGAUUGAAUACUGAGAAAGCACGCCUCUCAGGACUUCUUGAUAGAAAGGUUGGAGAUUGUAACUCUCUUUUGAAGGAGUAUGAACGACUAAAAGAAGACCUCAGUUCAAAAGACAUUAAGAUCAAAUGGGCACAGAACAGAUUGAAGACAGAAAUGGAUGCCCAUAAGGAAACUCGUGCAAAGUUGGAUCAGACGUUACAAAGGCUGCAAGAAACAAGAGAGGAAGCAGAGCAGAUACGUAAAGAUUGCCAAGAGAUGAUUGGACGCUAUCAGGCAGCAGAGGAAAUCAAGUCUGUAUCACUGGACAAUGAACUGAAAGCCAAAGUUAGUGAGUUAGAAGCGCAGCGUCAAGAAAAGUUUGAUCAGCAAGAAGUUCAAAACCUGCUUGCACAAGAACUUGAUGGCCUUAAAAAGAAACAUAAGUUAGCAAUUAAUGAAAAUAAUGCAUUAACUGUAAAGAUUCAUAACUUGGAGAAGGAGAGGUUAGAACAUGAACAAGUUGUGAGUAAACUGAAAGAUACCCAGAAUUCUUUGAGGCAGGAUAUUGUUGACUUGUCAGCUAAAUUGGCUGAAAUGGAAAAUCUUCAGAUCCAACUUGACCGUGAAAGGGAAAAGGUAGCCGCUGGUCAGCGUGAAGUUGAAAGACUGCGUCAGGCCAAUGCUGACCUCCAAACUGACAUGGAGUCAUGUCAUAACAAGGAAGGAGAACUCUUGGAGUUUACAGAACGGUUGACAGCUAAGAGUGUUCAACUUCAGUCUGAGCAUAGCUCUUUGGAAACCAAAGCUCAGACAUUGGAAGGUGAAGUUGCUCGACUAGAUAGACUGUGUGAGCAACAAGAAAAGAAAAAUGAAAAGUUGGUUUCUCAGUUGGAAGAAGAGAUACAACAAAGACAGCAGGAAACCCAAUUACUGGCCAGAAAAUUGGCAGAAAAAACAAAAUCGGUGGAACAGCUAACAGUUAAACUCGAAGAAGCUGAAAAUGAAAAUAAAGUGAUGAAGAGAAGACACAUUACUAGCAUCAAGGAGCUGUCUCGUGAACUUCAGGGAGUUAGAAAGAGGUUGGAGGGCUAUGAAGCCAACCAUCCUAAUGGAGGAGAAAACCUUAGCUUGGGCUCUCGAGCAAGUUCCAACGGGUCCUUGGACACCCUUACAGCAGGACAGUCAGCCAACCAGCAUAACUCCUCAUCAUCACCUCAUGUCACUCCACCUGUGGUGUUUAGUAGCAAAAGAAACUCCACAACCACUGUUGCUACCCAGUAUAGCAAAGCUCUCUCCCAA